AUGCGCGGCCUACUCCCAGGACGGCCGCAGGCUAAGCUGCAAGCUGUCGCCCACGGCUUGUGGGAGGGGAAUCAAAUCAUUGCAUAUAUCUCUGGCAACGCUCUCGUGAUACUCGAUCGCCCCAACCAUGUCAUCCAGACCAUCUACAUGGACGACGAGGAGGCGCUUGAAGCUGUUGCGCUCGACCAAGGGACGGGCAAGCUUGCAGCCUGCUCGACGCGCCACAUGUACAUAUACCAGCCGUACAGUGUGGAGUAUGGGGUCUACAAGUGGUCGCUGCAGGGCAGCAUGGCGCUUCCCAACCAAGCCGAUUCCAUCACGACACUCUCAUGGGGCAUGCCGCACGAGAUCGUCGCUGGCAGCGCGGCCCUCACUCUCUUCAACACCCACAGCACCAUCGAGUGCAUCUGGACCAAGGAGCUGGCCAAUCCCGUCAAGUUCGCUCACUUUUCUCCCGACGCCGAGCUCAUUGCCUCGACAGGCUGGUACGACCGAUUGCUGAAGAUCUGGCGACGACUCGCAUUCGGCACGGCGGACCAGCGCUUCGACUACUACUACCUGCCACACCCCCAGCCCAUCACGGGCGUCCACUGGCGACAACCAUACAAGGACCAGACCGCCGACAACGUACUAUACACAAUAUGCGCAGACUACAAGGUGCGCGUGUGGGUGCCGGGGGAGCACCACGGCGUCGACGGCAUGCAUUUGUGGACCGAGGUCGACUUGCUGGGCUCAAUCGAGCCAGGCCUUGUGUCGCAAGAGAAGCAGUCGCGGAAACGAUACGCCUUCUUCAUAGACGGAAAGCACUUCACACACGCGACAGAACGAGCGAUGGCGCAGGCUUCAGCAGAGGAGAAAAGCCACGGUGUUGCGCUGCACCAUCUCAUCGAGGUGGCGAACCGCAGCCCUGAGAUAUGUGUAGUGCUAGACGACCAUGGGAAUAUGUCGGCUUGGGGCUUUGAGAACAUUGGUGCUAGGGUCAAGCUGGUCACCGACGUUUUCAACAUUGUGCAUGUCGAUGGGCUACAUUUGCACUUUGCCAACCAACCCGAGGCUAUCGAGGACAACGUCCAAUUCUAUGCAUUCAUUGGCGAAAGGCCUGACUCGGACUUCACCCUACUGUCACAUCACUUCGAUGGCCGGAUAGAGUGGCUUGAGUCACGAAUCGACUAUCUCUUCGAUCCCUCCCCGCAGGCACAGCGGAUAUCGAGAAAGGCGAUCUGGACGGGACAUUCGCACGCUAUCAAGAAGGUCAAUCGUACAGCCAGCGGCCGAGCUCUCGUCUCGAGAACGGUCACAGACGAGUGCAUAGUGUGGACGCAACGGCCGACAGAGCACGGAACCACACUGCAUCGACACAGCACUGUCAAGGUCAGCGAGCACAUCCACAGAACGGCAUUGCUACAGGACGGCAACUUUGUCGUCUUCUUGCACCACAAUCACAUCGCACUGUGGGAUACAAGAGGCCCUCUAGCGGUAGAAAUCGCAAGGCUGGAGUACAGACUGCAAGGCAAGCCUCUUUGUCUGCUUGCAAUCCCAGAAACCGAAGUUGGCGGCCGUUGCGUACAUAUCGCGACCAUCAGCUCUGAGAUGAAGGGUAUAUGUUGGGAAGUCACAAUGCCCUUGCUCACACGAGAUCCUGUUACCGGUCGCAAACGCUCGACCGUUGUGCCUCACACAAACGGCUACACCAACGGGCAUACUGAGAUUUCACUAGAUCAAUACAGUACCUUCGACUUGGGGUCUGAGGAUGAUCUUGCGUUUAUACUGCCCGUCGAUCCAGCUGGUUCAGCGCCAGUCAUCUCAGGCUUUCUCGAUACUUUCGCGCGCGACAUUGCGAUUUCGUAUAGCAAGUCCGGUGUGAUCAAGUCUUGGACAGCUCGUGUCGACACCGAAGAGCACAAGAUAGAUUGGCUUCUUACCUCGACCGUGGACACCAACGUACACGAGCCGUCACUCGCCAGCGGUACAUCUAUACGGAAAGCAGCUCUUGUAGAUGCUGAGAAGACUACCUUGACCAUCUGGAAUACUCGAAGUGCACAGCUCGAACACGAAGAAACUUUUGAUGGACAAGGCGUCAUCCAAGAUCUCGACUGGUCUUCCACUCCGGACAAUCAGUCCAUUCUUGCUGUGGGAUUUCCACAUCGAGUCGUCAUCUAUGCGCAGCUACGAUAUGACUACCUGAACGAAGGUCCAUCAUGGGUUCAGAUUCGAGAUGUGCGCAUCAGAGACAUCACUCCCCACCCCAUCGGCGACUCAGUAUGGUUAGGCAGUGGCAACCUCGUCAUUGGUGCAGGCAACCAACUGUUCAUACAGGAUGAACAUGUCGAGGUGGACGAGGAGUUAUUCCCUAGUCUGCGGAUGAUCUCUCGCAAGACUGCUUCGAUUGACAUCUUUGCAGCAGUGAGCCGGCUCAACGGUCCGCUACCCAUAUACCAUCCUCAGCUUUUGUCGCAAUGCGUUCUCUCUGGGAAAAUCGUACUCGUCCAGCGAAUCUUGCUACGACUUUAUCAGAAGCUAAAGUUUUGGACGGAGGGUGAGGAGCUGAAGAGUUCUUUGGGCUUCCUACCAGAGGAUUUCUCCGAGGAUGAGGCGCAUAUGACGGCAUCCAAGAGAGAGGUGCAGUCAUCGUACGCUGACUUCUCCGACAACGAUGAGCCGGAAACUGUGACUGAGGAAGUAGCCGCCAACCUCAAAGAUCUCCUAACCACCAAGCAAAUGCCUCUGUUGUCGAGUCGCGAGCAAUUCCGCCUUGCCGACAUUAUCGAGUGCAUAGGCAUGGUCGAGAAGCACCGCCGAUCCAUCGAUGACAACGCAGGCCGUUUCAUGCUGUUCUUCCGACAACACGUGCUGAGCGAAUCACAGAAAGCACCCCUCUCGUGGCGCGAAAUCGUUUGGGCGUUCCACUCGGGAAGCCAGGACAUCCUGCUAGACCUCGUGAGCAGGCACUUCAACGGCAAGAUGAUGUGGCAGCACGCUAGGCAGUGCGGUGUAUUCAUGUGGAUGUCUGAUAUCAACGCCUUGCGUGCUCAGUUCGAAGUCAUCGCUCGCAACGAGUACACCAAAACCGACGAGAAGAACCCUGUUGAUUGCUCAUUGUACUACCUUGCCCUGCACAAGAAGGCUGUGCUGGUCAGCCUAUGGCGAAUCGCUACUUGGUCCAGGGAACAAGGCGCAACACAUCGCUUGCUAUCGAACAAUUUCCAGGAAGAGCGAUGGAAGACUGCCGCGCUGAAGAACGCAUAUGCACUGAUGGGCAGACGGAGAUUUGAGUACGCCGCUGCGUUCUUCCUGCUUGCUGAUCAUCUCCAAGACGCGGUACAAGUGCUGCACAACCAGCUCAAGGACACACAGCUGGCCAUUGCUGUGGCGAGAGUCUACGGCGGCGACGACCAUCCCGUGCUGCUCACCUUCCUUAAGGACAAGAUUCUUCCCCAAGCAGCACGUGACGGCAAUCGCUGGCUUGCAACAUGGGCGUACUGGCUUCUCGGCCGCCGCGACACCGCCGUUCGCUCCCUCGUCACGCCACUCUCACGCCUCCUGUCGCCGCCCGAGACCCCAAACUUCCUGUCCAAGUCAUACCUCACAGACGACCCGGCUCUUGUAGUCCUCUACAAACAGCUCCGCGAGAAAUCCCUCCAGACGCUCCGCGGCGCAACCAUGAUCGGCAUGCGCGAGGAAUGGGAGUUUGUCCUGCACACCGCCAACCUGUACGAGCGCAUGGGUUGCGAUGUGCUCGCUCUCGAUCUCGUCAAGAGCUGGGAGUUCCUGCUCACGCCGCCCCCGAAGAUCGUACCCGGGCGCCCACCACUCAGCCCGCUUAUGCCGCGGGACAGCUUCCACGCAAACGGGCCGAACCAGGCUGCCACGGACUUUGACUUUGAUCCGAGGAAGUUGCUCAGGCGGAGGAGUAGCUUGGUCGUCGCGGAUCUGCCAGCUAGAGAGCAUGUGAAGAAUGAGUUGGCGCAGACCGACGGUGCGGUUGCCGAAGAGAGCGAGGACGACGGCAACACAGGUGAGGACGACGACAAAAAAGAAGAAGAGGAAGAAGACGAAGAGGAGGAGGAUGAGGAGGAGGAUGACGACGAACCACCCAAGCCAGCACCCAAAAAACCACCCCCAACCCAAUUCCACGAACCGGAUGCAAACAGCUUGCUCGACGCUUUCGGCUUCUAA